CUCCAUAGAAGAAAAUUAAAUCCAAUAGACCAUUAAAGAAGCAGAAACUUAGCAUUCCAUAGAAAACUGAAAUCCUUAGUUACCAGAUGCCAAAUUAUACUGAGUAUCACCAAACUUUCUCCCUCAAAAUAUGACUGAAUCAAAGGAACUGGACAGAGACAGCAGCAGCAGCAGCAGCUAUUGAUAGGAGCCAAUUCCCUCCUAAUUUUCUCUUUGGGACAGCCACCUCUUCUUAUCAGAUUGAAGGUGCAUAUUCAGAAGGUAACAAAAGCUUGAGCAUAUGGGAUGUAUUUACACGCAUACCAGGAAAAAUACUAGAUGGUAGUAAUGGAGAUGUUGCAGAUGAUCACUACCAUCGCUACCUGGAGGACAUUGAGCUAAUGCAUUAUCUUGGAGUGAAUUCAUACAGAUUUUCAAUAUCAUGGACGAGAAUCCUUCCAAGGGGCAGAUUUGGGCAAAUCAACCAAAAUGGAAUCACAUUUUAUAACAACCUUUUAGAUGCCUUACUUACUAAAGGAAUACAACCAUUUGUUACAUUAAGUCAUUACGAUAUUCCUCAAGAACUUGAAGAUCGAUAUGGUGCGUGGUUGAAUCCACAGAUACAGAAAGAUUUUGCAUACUUUGCAGAUACAUGUUUUAAAGCGUUUGGUAAUAAAGUGAAGUACUGGAGCACAGUAAAUGAGCCAAAUCUUAUGGCAAAAUGGGGUUAUAUGACAGGCCAAAACCCUCCAGGUCGUUGUUCACAGCCUUCUUGUCCUUCAGGCGAUUCUAAAACAGAACCAUAUAUUGCUGCUCACAACAUCAUAUUAUGCCAUGCUGCUGCUGUUGACAUAUACAGAAAAAAAUAUCAGGUAAAACAAGGAGGCUUUAUUGGCAUUGUAAUGGCGUCAAACUGGCUGGAACCAUUUACAGAUACUCCUGUAGAUAAAUUAGCUACUUCACGAGCUCUAUCUUUUGAUGUUCCAUGGUUUCUGGAUCCUAUAAUUUAUGGCGAUUAUCCUCCAGAAAUGCUUCAAAUUCUCGGAUCAAGACUGCCAAAAUUUUCAAUAGAGGAUAAGAAGAAGUUGCAAACUAAGCUUGACUUCAUUGGAAUCAACCACUACUCAUCUCUGUAUGCAAAAGAUUGCUUGUUUUCACCAUGUGAUUCCGAGACUUCAGAAGGCAAUGGAUUUGCUGACAGAACUGGAGAAAAAGAUGGGCAUUCUAUUGGAGCUAAGACUGCAAUAAGCAACUUCUAUGUGGUUCCAAGCGGCAUGGAAAAGAUGAUUUUGUAUAUAAUGGAACGAUAUAACAAUACCACUAUGUUUAUCACAGAGAAUGGCUUUGCACAAGAGGGUAGCAGGAAUCCUUCCAAUGAAAUACUGAAGGAAUUGCUCAAUGACAAAGAAAGAGUAGAGUAUCAUAGUGCCUACCUUUCUUCACUAUUGAAAGCUAUGAGGAAAGGGGCUGAUGUAAGAGGAUACUUCAUAUGGUCUUUGAUUGAUAAUUUUGAAUGGUUGAAUGGAUACAGCAAAAGAUUUGGGCUCUAUCAUGUGAAUUACAACACACAAGAGAGAACUCCAAAACUAUCAGCAAAAUGGUAUAAGGAAUUUCUUCAAUGCUCCGCUGAAAUAAGUAUAAAAGCAGAUGGUGAUGUAAAGCAAAAGCUGGUGGCAUAUUAAUAAUUCAGAAAAAAAAAAAUCAAUCAUGAUAAAUGAUAAGAUUUUGUCUGCCUGAAUUUGAUUAGUUACGCAGCUUAUUUUUAAUUUUUUGAUUGGGAGCUUUGACUUUUAAUUAAGAAAUUAUGGGUUUGAGUCUUGUGAAUGUGAUGCGUUGUGAGUUUGACUUAAUUAAUCUAAAGUUCGAUCUCGAAGCUAGCUAUGAAGAAGGCUAUAGCAAUGAUUUUUUUGUAUUGAGUGGUGAUCAUAAAUUUUUGUUGAGUGCUAAUUACCUUUCCAUUUCUCAA